AUGGCGUGCAACAAUGACAACACUUUCGGCCCCUCUGUCAGCGGGUGCCGCGACGACUUUGACUUUACCGCCUUGUUUGAGCAGGUAGUAUUUACGCUUGUCCCCGCCUGCGUCUUCAUCAUCGGGAGCUUCGCGUCCGCCGCCACCCUGCUCCGUCGACCCGUCAUUGUUUUAGCGCCGUGGAUCUUCAGCCUUAAACUAGUACGCACUUAUUCGUCCCAGCAACGUCAAAAAGGUGUGGCAGCGCUAACAAAUCGGCAAAAAAAGUUUGUGACUGGCGUAUUUGCAGCGCUCAAACUCGCUAUUGUGGUGCUCAACAGCAACGGCGAGUACUCUGCCCUGUCCAACGCAAACGUCAGCGCGGCCGCGGCUGCUGCCGACUUUGUCGCGGCCCUUUGCCUCAUUGCCUUGUCUUGCCUGAGCCAUGCGCGAUCGCCUCGACCGUCCUGGAUUAUAAGCCUCUAUUUGACCGCCACUCUACUUCCAGAUGCGGCCACUGCACGCACUGCAUGGCUACUGGCGCCACACCACGUCGAGAUGCCAUACAGUGCUGUUCUUGUCGCGGCUGUUGCCACCAAGGCGAUUCUCGUCGUUCUUGAUUCCUGGCACAAGGACGGCUGGUUGCUGCUGGAUCGCACCAAGAUGAGCCCUGAAGCAACGAGCAGUCUAGCCAGCCUUGGUGUCUUUGCCUGGCUGAACGAGCUACUCAUGCGCGGCUAUCGUGGCCUCUUGUCGCUUGAAAUCUUAUACCCGUUGGACCGUGGCAUGGCUGCCGACAUCCUCUCUGUCCGCUUCCAACGUACACUAAAGCGACAUCCACUCAAGGGGAGCCGCAAUGACCUCAUAUUUGCCCUGUCAAGAACGUUAUGGAAGGAGCUCUUGUACCCCAUCGUUCCUCGCAUUGUCUACCUUGCCGCCAGCUUCUGCCAGCCUUUUCUAGUCGAUGCGCUUCUAAGAUACCUGGAGCAGAAACCCCACAACAGAAACCACGGUUAUGGACUCGUCUGCGCCACCUUGCUCACCUACUUGACCAUUGCUAUCUCGACAGCCCUUUACUGGUAUCUGCAAGAACGCUUCGUCAUCAAGGUCCGAGGCUGUCUCGCGACAGAAGUCUACAUAAAAACCACCAAGCUGAACCUACUCUCGUCAGGUAGUUCUAGCGUUUUGACCAUUAUGAGCACAGAUAUUGAACGCACCAGGGUUGGCAUCCUAAAUCUGCACGAGUUUUGGGCCAAUCUUCUUCAGGUCAGCAUCGCAUCUUGGCUUCUGCAAGGUCAACUCGGUACCGCUUUUGCAGCGCCCGUUGUCAUUGUCAUUAUAGCAACUGGUCUAGCGUCGCUAGCCGGUAGACUGAUCACGCCCCGACAACGAGCUUGGAUGGAAGCCAUUCAAGCUAGAGUCAGUUCUACUGCCGACGCCAUUGCACAAAUGAAGUUUAUCAAGAUGUCAGGCAUGGCCAAGCCUGUGCAGGGCUACAUCCAACACCUUCGCGUCACAGAGCUAGCAUUGGGUAGUCGCUGGCGCCUGGUGCUUGUCUUUUCUUCUAGCAUUGCACAGAUUCCUAUGCUACUCGCUCCCGUGGUCACUCUUGCAGUUACAUCUAAAUCACUCAACACUACAUCCAUUUUUGUGUCUCUCUCCUACCUUACCCUGCUGGCCUCCCCUAUGAUGGUAUUGUUGCAGAAGAUUCCUCAGCUCAUCAGCGCCCUGGCCUGUUUGGAGCGAAUUCAAAAUUUUCUGGAACAGGACGAAUCGACUGACUUUCGCAUUAUCAACAAUGACGAAAGGGGCGUCGAGCACGCUGUCGCCUUAGCAGAGACAGAACAUCAAGGUAGCAAGAGCACACCACUUCAGACACUGCGCUCGAUACCGUCUGCUUCACAGUGCUGCAUCUUGAUAACAAAUGGGCGGUUUGGCUGGAAUAAGGACAAGUGGAUUCUGACAGACGUCAAUAUUUCUAUUCCGCGAAACAAGCUCACGGUUAUCGUCGGUCCCGUAGGCUGCGGGAAGUCUACGCUAUGCAAAUCGCUUCUCGGCGAGAUUCCCUACUCUGAGGGGGCUACCACACUGUUUCAGAGCUCCAGAAUUGGCUACUGCGAUCAGCAGCCUUUUUUGGCUAAUUUAUCCAUCCGGGAAAACGUGGUCGGCUUCAAUGAAUUUUCCGAGGAGCGCUAUCAGAGGGUCUUGUACACCACCAUGCUGCACGUUGACCUCGCGACAUUACCUCUCGGAGACCAGACUGUUGUUGGCAGCGGCGGUAUCUCCCUAAGCGGCGGCCAGCGACAGCGGCUCUCUAUUGCUCGUGCCUUAUACGCCGUUGGCGUAGAGACGAUAAUAUUCGACGAUGUGUUCAGUGGUCUUGACGCUACUACUGAGGAGCAUGUUUUUCGCCACGUCUUGGGGGCCAACGGCUUCGCGCAACAGAGCGGCAUGACUGUAGUCCUUUGCACACACAACCAACGACACGUCGCAAGCGCGCAUCACCUCAUCCGCAUAUCCCACGACGGACUUGUGAGCCAGGAGACCGCGAAACCUGUGGUUCCCAAGAAUUGUGUACGGGCAAAUGAGGCAUGCAUAACUGAUGUCAGCUUGGAGCAGCACUCGCCGCCCGUGUCUAUCCCCUUGGAACACUACACCAACGUCGUCGUGUCGAGCAACAAUGCUGGCAGUGAUGGUGAUGUUGCAUCUCCAGGUUUGAAAAGUCGAUCUGCGCGCCAGGUUGGCGACAGUACUGUUUACAAGUAUUACUUGAGUUCUAUCCGCGUUUUACCGCUCGCCAUUGUCCUGCUCAGUAGCGUCUGCUUUGGAUUCUUGGAAAACUUUCCCAGGGUAUGGCUUACAUAUUGGACGCGCGAUCUUGACCGCGGCGACGGCGCACUACACUCUCACGCAUACUGGAUCGGCAUCUACGGCUUCCUACAAAUGUCUUGCUGGAUCGCCUCGGUGGUAACGUGCCUUGUUGUGCUGACAACGUUUGUCAGCCAAAGCGGCGCCGCGCUGCACCAAACAGCCCUCUCAACCAUCAUUGACGCGACGCUGCGCCUAUUCACCCAGACCGAUGUUGGCGUGUUGGUCAAUUACUUUUCCCAGGAUACAAACCUCAUCGAUACACAGUUGCCGUCGUCGGUUAUCAACGUCAUCCUAGAAAUCACCACCAUUAUCGGUAUGGCAGCUCUUCUGGCUUCAUCAUCCCCGUGGCUCGCCCUAGUGUAUCCCGCCUUGUUUGCCAUCCUGUGGUGUGUGCAGCACUUUUAUCUUCGCACCUCACGACAAGUGCGUCUUUUAGACCUCGAGGCCAAAAGUCCGCUAUACGCCCACUUUCUGGAUACAUUACGGGGACUUUCCACAAUCCGCGCAUUCGGAUGGCUCGAGAAUAGCGUGACUGUCAACAUGACGCGUCUAGAUCAAUCACAGCAAGCGAUGUAUCUUUUGGCAAUGAUUCAGCGAUGGCUUAAUUUGUCGUUGAGCAUCAUCGUCGCCAUUACCGCAACGGCUCUGGUUGCAUUGAUGACACGCCUCAAUGCUGAUGCAUCCAUAUCAGGAGCGUCACUAGUGACUCUGAUGACACUGAGCCAAAGUUUGGUUGAUUUCGUUACGUUCUAUGCUGCCAUGGAAACGUCCGUGGGAGCGGUCACUCGCAUCCGCACGUUGGCGCAAGGCACAGAGUCUGAGAAACUGCCCGGCAAGGACACCGUGCCUAAAGAUGCAUGGCCGCCGCACGGAGAGGUCACCGUCCACAAUGCAUGGGCAAGCUAUGUUGACUCGCCAUCAGCCUGCUCCCUCCGCGGUCUGAGUGUCAAUAUUAGACCGGGGGAAAAGGUUGCACUAUGCGGACGGUCUGGCAGUGGCAAGUCGUCGUUCAUUCUGCUCCUGCUCGCCUUGCUGGAGCCGUUGAAUGAGGCAGAACGCAAUACUAGAGUCGCCAUUGACGGCGAAUCGCUCUUGUCCAUGGACCGCCAGAGUCUCCGGGAACGCCUCAUCACUAUACCGCAGGACCCUGUCUUCUUGCCUUCCGGGAGCACGAUUGCUCAGAAUCUCGAUCCAUUUGGUGCAGUGUCCCGAGACCAAUGCCAGGAUAUCCUCAAGCAUGUCGGGCUUUGGUCCGUGGUGCAAGACCACGGAGGCAGCGUGGAUGCUGUUUUGCAAAGCGCAUCGCUCAGCCAGGGCCAGCGCCAGCUGUUUAGCCUGGCGCGUGCAGUGCUCAAGCGCAGAGUUGGCGGCACUCGUCUGCUCCUCCUCGACGAAUUCACGAGCUCGGUUGACACCGCCACCGAGAGCCGAAUGAUGGAGAUGAUCAUGGGUGAGUUCCAGACUGCCACCGUCAUCAUGGUCUCCCAUCGACUCGGCGUUGUCGUGGACCUGUUUGAUCGGGUGCUCGUCAUGGACAAGGGCCAGCUGGUCGAGGACGGAGUACCGCGCACCCUGGCGAAGACGGACAGAAGCUGGUUUGCACAGCUGUUGGAAUCGGCCGAGGAACACUAG